UGGAGAAGCAGCAGGAUUAGGACAUCACAAGUAACAACAGACAAAGCUGAGCAGGUGAGGGGGUAGGGCUAUUUAGUUGGACUGCUUAAAUGUUAAAACCCAUUUAAUUCAAAAGGGUGGAAACACUUGGGAGAAAAGUUCUCUUUUGAAAGAUACAACAUUCCUUCUUUUGCAGCCAGUCCUGUGGUGAGUGCUCCAGAACAAACUGACAAGACAAGAUGAGAUACUCCCGGUAAUGCUAAAGUAGAUAGCAGGGAAAAGACGCCUUUAAAAAAAAAACUGUCAGGGCUUCUUUGCAUAUCAAAAAGCAGAAAGAAUACACAAAGAAUUUCCCUUUUGCAGGUUACCUUUAAAAGACCAAUAGAUACAGGACAGAAGUGAGAGGCCAAAAACAGGUAGUAAAAGGAGAGAGAGUUAAGCAGGAGAAAGAAAAAGCAAAGAAAGAUUAGGGAAUUAUUUUGAGGAAAGAAAAAUAGAAGAAUGAAAAGAGUAGAAGAGAAAGUGUGUUUGAGAGAGAAGAAGAGAGUGCAAAGGAAAGAGGCCUGCUUCCAUUCCUCCCCCUCCCCCAGCUGCUGAUCCCAAAUUGGCUCCCAGAGUAACCUAACUGGCAUUCAGUGAAUAGCAUCUAGCCACCAGACUGUACCAUUCAGACUUUCCACAGGGGAAGGUGAGAGCUGCUCAAAGAAUUACAAUUUAGUCCAAUAUCCCUUCCCUAAAGGGACUACAUCCAAACCUCCAAAAACAAUACAAACCUAAGGAAUGACCAAACGAGUUUGUUGAUUGUAAAGUGCAGGAGCUCUGUAGGUUUGGCUGGUUCAUUUAAGUUGUUUUGGCUUUGUCUGUUCCUGCUAUUCCCAUCCUAGCUGCCAUCUCUCCCUGCAUCCUACCUUACCCCCCUCUUCCCUCCCCCAAGAAGUAAGGGUCUGGAAGACAAGAGAGAGCUAUGGAAGGGCAAGCAGCAAGAGGGAAAAGACAGGAGAAGGUAGACAGCCCUGUGCAGCUUGAGUAUUAGUGAGAGUAUUAGUACAAAGCCAGGGGACCGGCUGCAGCCUCAUGGGAUUGUUCUGAAAAGAUAACAGCAGCUGUAGGAGCACACAAGGGGGAAAAUGAUCAAUCAAUGAUCUGCGCUAACUCUGAAGAGCUAUCCUGCAGCCUGUGUUAUGCAGCAUCUCUUGACAGCUUCUAAGGAAAAGUUUCUUUUCCAUAUUAAGACAAGCCGAGGACACUUUCCUAGCGUUCACCAAUUUCAAGAUACAGUGAGAAGGGAAGAGGAAAGCCCUUUUCCAUCAGCACUGAGUCACAAGUGCACAAGCAACUGAGAACGACUUUCUUCUAGCAAAAGAUCAGAAAAGGUGAUGAGAACUUGUGAAAACGGCUGCAAAAAUGCACAAACCCAUCCCAGACCUGCUAUUUGGUAGGCAGCUGGAAACCUCCAGAAGCACAUCUGAACUUUGUGAAGAGGACUUCUGACCCUUCACUUUGCCACGUGCUAAAGGAAAUAAUCUGAUCUUUGUAGGUAAUUCGGUUCAUGUGGUUUUCUUGGAGCUCUCCAAGUGAAGUCUGAGCUGUUUUGGCUGCAGCAGGGCAACUUUGGAAACUACAGGAAAGAUGAACACAGAGGAUGUUGGGAAUGAGACCUCUCCAACAACUAGUAUCCUUGGAUUCCUUGUAACCACCACCAAGUUGGUCCGACUAAGUCCCGUGCCCCCAGGGGAGAAGCCAGACCCUUUGCCUAUUAUCAUUGCAUUCAUCUGCAUCUUUCUCCUCCUGGCUACCUGUCUCAUCUUCGUCACUCUAUGCAAGCCAGCAGCACUCGACCAGGCCCGCUAUGGGCCACAUGAGUGCAUGCCCUACCACUCAGAGGAUGCCAGUGAACCACAGCUAAGGUUCUGGAAGCGACUGGGCUCCCUAAGGCGUUCCAUAAACAGCUUCAGGCGGACCCAGCCUGUCUCACAGCACCAUGGGACCUGCUCAAGAAUGCCACCAGCCACCCAGGACUGGGACUUUAUGGAGUCCACUAAAAUGUGACAGCUGUUUCUCCACCAUUCCGCUGCAAAAACCAACUCACCUCAUUGCACAAAACACCCCAUUCACUGCUAUCAAUGAGAUCUCAAAUUGUCCAAUACCACUUUGCAGAGCACAGAGUCAGGGCAGAGACCUUGGGAGAGCAGAGUGGCAACAAUUCCCAAACCUAUGGAAAUCUCUAAAGGAGUCCCACAGCCCACAAUGUGGAAGCAUGAAAUUUGUAAAGACCAGCUGAUGAAACCAGAUUACACCAAUGUGGUACUGUUUCUUGGGGCCCUACAAUCUGGAACUAACCAGCAGUGAAUGACAUAAGACCAGCAACGUCUGCUAGGGAAAGCAUUUGACAGAAGGCAUCACUAAUUCUAAGGCUCCUUGGAAAGUGUCUCCCUGGGGUUAAGGUAUCUAUUUCUCCAAAUUUUGGUAGUUUGAAGUUUUUCCUCCAUUUCCUUUAAUAUAAAGACCAAGGGGUGCACAUGCUGAUGUUAAAAUAUCUGUCCUCUGUUCACAAACAGAAGCAUUAGGGUAUGUCUACAUGUAAACCACAACAGUGGCACAGCUGCACCUCUGCAGUUGUAUUCCUACAGGGCUUCAGUGAAGACACUACAUUCAACAACAGGAGGGGUUCUCUCAUUGGUGUAGGUACUAUGCCUCCCAGAGCGGCAGUAGCUAGGUCGAUGGGAGAAUUCUCCCAUUGACCCAGUGCUGUCUAGAGUCAGGGUGGGUAUAUCGGCUUAACUUGUCACUUAGGGGUAUGGAUUUUUCACACCCCUAAGCAACAUAGUUGUAAUGACCUAAUUUC